CCCAGCAGCAGCCUCCAGCCGGUGGAUGAGGAAGACUCUUUAAAAACUCCUGAGUUCACAACCGAGGAAGCAUCACAGGAACCAGCAACAAUGAAUGUGGCCCAUGAAAUAGAUUUGCUGGUGGUGGAGAUUCAGCGACUCGGCAGUAAAAAUGAUCAAGGUCAAACUACCGUGAAGUUCGGCGUGCUGUUCAGCGACGACCGCUGUGCCAACAUCUUCGAGGCGCUGGUGGGCACCUUGAGAGCGGCCAAGAGGAAGAAGAUCAUCAGCUUCGAGGGCGAGCUGCUCCUGCAGGGCGUCCACGACCAGGUCGACGUCGUCCUGCUGCAAGAAUGAGACGGAAAUCUGGACCAGGCGCUUUUCUACCGCAACUGUGGGUCUCACUGAAUCCUUCCAAAUUCUGAGCUUCUUGUCCCUGAGCUUCUGUUUCCAGUCAUCCUCCUCCAUGUAUACGGCUCAAUAUUUGAAACCCAAAACCCACAGAUUGCACCUCACAGUAUAACAUGUUGAGCAGAGCCAGCUGCCAGGUCGGCUUCAGAUUGAUUUGUGCCAGUUUUGAGAAUAUUUUAGGGUUUUCAUGGGCUGGCAAACGGCAUCAUUCAAAGUUUAAAAAUGACAAAGUAAAGUUUCUCUUUUUCAGGCGCUGCCUUCCUAUCAACCACGGGUCUGUGAUGUCACAAACGCACAAAUUGGGAGUGUUAUAGCUUUUGUAACACAUUAAUUCAGGGUUUUCUGGUUCAACGAAAUGCCUCUUGAUUUUACCAGUAUCGUGAAAAUGGCAGGAUACUGGUUAGUUUUAGCACUGCAUUAGCAAAAUCUCCUUUUCAUCAGCCUCAAGUGGCAGUUUAACCAAGACCUAAACGAUCGAAAAUCAUGUAUUGUAAUGAUUGUUUUCACAUAUUAAUCUAGUGCAGCUUUAAUACAGCGCAAGUGUGAGUCCACCAACAGUGUCACCUAAUGGCCGUUCCAUUUAUUGUUUACAUGAGUCAUUAAUACUACCUCUUGUGGACUUUUUUAAAAAAGACUUGAAAGGACCAGUGCUGUUUGAAAUUCAACAAUUCCUUCACGGAAACUACAAUGACAAGUGCAAUUGCAUUUUAAGAAUGUUGCACCUAUUUGUAUCGACUGCAGCCGCCGAGAGUAGUUUUUAUUCCAUCUUUUUUAUAUGUGAUCAACGAUGAACUUCCUCUGCUCAACAAAACUCCUGAACUUGCCUUUCAUAAGAAAUAGUUGAUUAGCAAAUGCAGAAACCUUUUCUUUUUGUGCCUUUUUUUUGUGUUGCCGUUUCAUUACAGGGUGAUUGGUGCCAAAUGCAAAAGAUGAUUUGUAUUGAUUCUCAGGACCAAAUCAACAUUACCAAAAUAUGUUAAGUAACACUUGCUAUGGGUGGAAUUAGGUUCCCUACUUGUAACAUUAUGUAGAUUUAUAGUUUUUAUUCAGUACUGUAGGUCCGAUGAAACUUGCAGAUCAGACGUGACCAGUUUGCUCCGUUUCCUAACAGCUUAAAUCCCCAUCAAUAAAUAUAAUAUCAUUGCUUAGUAUGGAGGCCCAAAGUAGUCAAAAUUGUAUGAAUAAGACAUUAUGAAAUGAGAAAUUAAUACCGAUUGUUUAUUCAAAAAAAAUCUUCUCAAAAUAAAAUGUAGUAUCCUUUUCAUUUAAUUCCAGCAGGUCUUUUUAUUUCAAAAUGUAAUUUAUUUUCAAAGUGACCAUUUAAUUUUGUAAUGCUGCUUUUCAUUUAAUGCAUUACUUGCCUCAUAUCACUCAAGAGAAUAAAUGAAAAAAAAACAACUGCUGAAAUCAAAUGGAAAAGAUCAUUUUUAUGGUGCAACAGAUUUCAUAUAGGGAGUUAAAAAAAUGUUUAUUUUACAGGUAAAUUUGUAUAUUAUCUGUAUUUACUCUUAAAUCAAAUUUUGACCACUUGGGCUUCCAUAGACUUGUUAAUUAUUUACAUGCACAUGAAAGACCAGCAAUUUAACAGAUUUUUGCUUGAAUGUAACAUCUACUUGGCAGCUGUUGUUCCCACAUGAAUAAUAUCAAACAUCUUCCUUCAUGUUCACACAUCAGAUUCAUAUCUUCCUGUGAUAAUGGAUCCACGCCUGGUCUGCAGGUUUCCUGAGGCUCGUCUCAUGUUCACUGCUGUUGUAUUAGCCAAACUCUUUGUGUUUCAGGUGUUGGUUUGUUGAUUGCGUUUGACUUGAUCUAUUUUUCUGAUCAGUAUAAGAUGUCAUUCACCUGCUUCAUGGCAGUUCUCUUAAACUUUGUUGCAUAGAUGGACCAAAAAAAAAAACUGGUGAAAUCAAGAGAAGGAGCUUGAUUAUAUUCUGAUUAGGAAUGAAGAUGAAUAUAGAAGAAAAGAUCAGUCGUGUGUAAUAUAAUCAUGGGUUAGUAGAAGUUGUGGGGACAUUGGAGAAAAGCCAGAGAGAGGAAGAAACCUGCUGCUUGUAUCACUGUCAUUUUGGAUUUUCAAGAUCAACCUGCUGUUGCUUCACUCGCUGUGUGGCGGUAUUUAGUCAGAGGGGAAAGUUAUGAUCUGAGCUGUGCCAAUAACUCGAUCCAUUUCUGUCAACUCAUGGGUCGGGAUGCCCGCGCAACGUGUUCAAGUGCGUCAUUACUGUCUUUUGUAUCGGCAAUAACAUAUUCCUGAAAGAACAGAGGUGUCUGCUACAGUGGAAUACAGAUCAAAAGAAUAAAAUCUUUACACUUGAA